AGUGUCCAUGCAGGCAGCACGCGCUGCACCCCAUACUGCUGCACAUCCUCAGCCUUCUGGAGUGCCUCAUUUCUCCAUAUGUCUACUGUGAAUAGCAGUUCCACAGGCUGUCGGGCCGCAAAGAUGGCUGGAAAGUUUCUGUCUGGCUCCGGCCGGUGUUCCGCAGUGACCACCGGUCAGCAGCAGGGGCGGAUGCGUUCUCAUUGCCAGGCUGUCAGCUCCACUACUGCCCACAUGGGAGGACCACCGGCAGCAGUGAGACAGCAGGAUAACCCAGGGUAUUUCUCUGCAACUGACAGAAAUGCGCAGACAAACCGAAACCUAAUUUACCGGGAUGUUAGGGCUUUCCUAAACGAAGUUGGUGGGGAUCCUCGGGAGGCCCGGUAUUGGUUGACCCAGUUCCAGAGAUCAACAUUGGUACAGUCUCCUGCUUUUGCUGUGCUGGAGGUGGACAGCUCAGCAUUCCAAAGCAAGGGGAUGGUUGAUAGCCUGGCCUUUGGGCUGUCUUUCCUGCAGAGGAUGGACAUGAAGCCUGUGGUGGUGAUGGGCUGCCAUGACAACGAGGAGUCAGGACCUAUGGAAGCAGUUAGUGGGUGUUGGUACACCAGAGGUUUGGUGGAGCGAUGCCAGCAGCUGACAGAAGCCCUACAGCAACACUCAGCAUCCGUUCUGCCAUUCUUUUCUGCAGAAUCUUUCCUACAGCUGCAAGAAGCACCACCAGGAAGCAGUGCUUCACACUCUAUUGCUGUGGACAUCAGUCUCCUGCAGUGGUGUUUGAACUGUGGGAGCAUCCCGUUGGUUUGUCCAGUGGGGAGAGACGGACGAGGAUGCUCGUUGGUGCUCAACCCCACUGAGGUCACAGCAGCCAUUUCACGAGCCCUUCAGCCCCUCAAAGUCAUGUUUUUGAACAACUCAGGAGGCCUGCGGAGCGAAAAACAACAGGUAUUGGACACUGUGUCGUUGCCCGCUGACCUGCCUGGUCUGUCCAGAGCAGAAUGGCUGAGUCCACCUGUUCGUCGCAGGCUUGACACCAUCGCCAGGCUCCUAAAUCAGUUACCAACAGAGUCCUCUGCUGUGAUCACCUCAGCGGACACAUUACUGACUGAACUGUUCAGCCACAAGGGUUCUGGAACACUGUUUAAAAAUGGUGACCCCAUACAAAGGUACAGCUCUCUGGAUGAGAUCGAUACGGAGCGUCUGCUGACUCUCAUCAACAAGUCAUUUGAUAAAACUCUGAGGAAAGAUUACAUCGAUUCUCUGAAGGGACGGAUGCACUGCAUUUACCUCUCCGAAGGCUACAGUGCAGCAGCCAUCAUAACGAUUGAGCCAGUGAAUGGUGGGACCCCCUACCUGGACAAGUUUGUGGUGAGAAGCAGUAAGCAGGGACAAGGCACCAGUCACAUACUCUGGGAAUGUAUCCGACAGGACCUGGGCAAAUUGUUCUGGAGGUCCAAAGCUACAAACAGGAUCAAUCCAUGGUACUUUAGGCACUGUGAUGGCAGCUUUGUAAAUGGAGUAUGGACCGUCUUCUGGUUUGGCCUUACAGACAUCAGAGAUUCCUAUGCACUGGUGGAACAUGCCAGGAGCCUGCCUGAUUCAUUCCAAAGUUCUAGUCUCACCAUGACAGAGCAGGCUCCUUCUCCUGAACGAUUUCUUCCAGUUUGAUAGCUGUUUUAGUGACCUGUUCCAUCUUUUGAUCAGCAAAUAAAAAAAAAUGUGUUCAGUUU